GACUGGUCGAUUCUCUUGCGUGGCAAUGUCAGAUUGUCUUCGUUCGUGAUGACUUCUGUCACACAAUGUAGUAACGGAAUUGCCAGGUCCGACUUUAGGAGUGCCCAUUACAAAUAUGGGCCCGGAGGCGGGAAAGCGGGUCCUAUUUUCGAGGAAAAGACUCGGGUGGUGGGAGAAAGUAAGGUUGAUGAUUUAUUUGUUCCUCUGAUAGACGUAGCUCUCGUAAGAUCGGUCCUGCUAGUCCUCAUUCAUGUAAUUGCGACUUGUUACAUGAUGGCGUGGAGCCAUAUCUACCGAUAGAAUGGAUGUUGGAGCACAUGAAGUUCAGGGGUCGAGGCGGAGAGAACAAAGAGUUUGUUUUUGCGACGUGAAUUGAACCAUCCUCCACAAAUAAUAUGGCCAAGUUGAAGCGCGACCCUUUUACAAUUUUGUCAGGAUUACGAGCAUGGCAGCUCAAGCAUCUGGCAUUCCUCACCGGAGUAAACUCCUCGGGGACGAAAGCGCAACUAUGUAGGACUUUGCUUGACAACACAAAGAAGGCAGCUCUUCCUGAGCCUCGGUGCAGGGUCCUCAGUGUAGAUAUGGGCGUCAAGAAUCUCGCAUUUUGUGUACUGGAUCUGCAAAAGCUGCCUCAAGACGACGAACAAUCCGUUGUACAUGAUAACAACAACACUCUAUCACUACAUUUAACGGACUGGAAACGUCUGGAUGUCUCCGAGAGAAUGGUCACCAGAGAUAAUCCUGUUGAUACAAAGACUUCAGAUCCAUCACGGGGAGAUAUUGUCGACAAGACUACAUAUGCGGCCGAGACAACACCCGGAGAUCAACCCAACAUCUACUCGCCUUCGUCGCUGUCCAAGAUAGCAUUCAAUCUAGCCUCUGAGUUUCUGCGGUAUGAGCCAGACUACAUCCUGAUAGAGCGACAGAGAUUCCGAUCUGGCGGUGCUCCAUCUAUACAAGAAUGGACUGUGAGAGUAAACAUGCUAGAGAGUAUGUUAUGGGCUUCUUUAGAAACCAUGCGACGCGGUCACGAAAAGGAUCUGGUGGCUCAAAAGGGAAUCUUUCCAGAAGUUUUGGAGAUGAGCCCUCGACGUGUCGGCAUGUUCUGGCUUGCUCGCAAAGACUUUUUCCCGAACCCUGCAGACAUAGCGACGUCGCUCACGGCUCCCAUUGGAUGCGAGCAGACGACAGAAACAGAGGUCAAGAAGAAGUCUUUUGAGAAAAAGGACAAGAUCGCGCUCGCUCAGCACUGGCUAUCACUUUCGAUGACUACAGAUGAUAUGACAGUAGAUGCGGGCAUAGCGCCGAUGGUUGCUAUGUUCUGCUCGCCAAAAGUACGACGAAGCCGGCGACGGGAUCAGGAUAACGAGAGCGAAGAAGAGGCCGAGGGCGGCGAUGUAGCCAUGUCGGGCAAAUUAGACGAUCUGGCGGAUUGCCUAGUGCAGGGCGUGACAUUUGGCCUGUGGGAACAGAACCGCACGAGAGUUCGGGAGUAUCUGGGGCAUCAGGAGAGUUCAUGAUGCAGGAUCGUCGCUCUUCUUGCCCAUGGCAGCUCUCAGCUUUUCCUCGUUCUCGGAGAUGGGCGAUCGACCCUUUAGCUUUUCUGGAUGCGGCUUUGACUUGGAAGAGCCUAGAAACUGCUCUCUGGCACCAUGAGCCAGCUCAGAUAUGGUACCACCGCCCUGGUCUAGCUUCUCACCACGGCCGUGUCUUCUCCUGCUCUCAGCCAGUAGAUCCAAGCCCUCACCACCGCUGUCGGCGUCCCGGUGUCGUUGGGCGUUUGCUUUGGCGGCGCGAAUCGAGGUUCUGGUGUAGACGAAGAGUAUGC